GUGUUUCCAAAUGGCAUUGAGAGAAGACAAAGCAAAUGGGGAGUUUCUUGCUGGCUUGGCAAUUGCGGUCUUUGCAUCAUGGACUCACACACACAAGCCUGUAUUUUGGGAAGCAGCCAAAAAGAAGUUGGGCGCCAUUAUCCGUGAACAGCAGCAAAACUAUGAAGCUAAGGUUUAUUUAGCCAAGAUCCUUAAGAGGGACGAUAGAGAGCAAGCAGAAGCCCUCUUAGAAGAUGUUGUCCAGAAUAGCCUGGACCCUGAGGUCCUGAGAAAUGCAGCCAUGUUCUUUCAACCAGAAUUCAUAGAAAAAACAAUCUCUAUUCUAGAGCGAGCAAUAUCUCUGAACCCCAAUUAUCAUCUCCUUCACUAUGACCUUGGUUAUUGCUACAAGAUACAACUGAAGGAGGCCAAGUCAGGCAGAGGAGAAAUAUUGGCAGCAGCUAUUGAGGCCUUCAAAGAGGCUGUGCAAAAAGAUCCAGUCUCUGUAUUUUCAAAGCUGGCUUUAGCUGAAGUGUAUGGAGAAAAUACACCUCACUACCAAGAAGAGAUUUAUCUCAAUCUCAGGAGUGAAAUGCCCAGCCUCAGCAAGAAGUGUCAGCAGGCCGUCUACCGUCACUGGGGGGAUUUCCUCUUCUACAAGCAGAAGUCACUGCGGGAGGCAGCUGAGAUGUACAAAGCAGGUUUCGCCAUUCCAGACGACUAUCCGGAGAGGCUACAACUGAAAAAACGAUUGGAAGAGGUGGCAGGAGAAUUCCAGCAGAGCUCCCAAACCGCUGAGGCAGAGGACAUACGUGACUUCAUUCAACAGAUUGAAACUCCACGGUACAAGGGGAGAUCCACUGCUGGCAGCAACAGAGCAGGAGACUGGAGAUGUAGAGAAAAUGUGUGAUCCUUUCCCUUCCCUGGACACACUGUCUGAAGUGAGUCACUUUCCCCACCUGUGUAACAAUGGCAUUCGUGUUCCAAAUGAUUCUGGGCCCCCAGAAGAGUUCACACCAUGGCACAUGCUGCUGCUGCUUCUUAUAAUUAUCAUUAGCUACCUGUAUUGUGAUAGCGCCUAGAAGCCCAGACAUGGACCAGGACCCCAUUGCGUCUGGCCCCAAAGAGUCUUCAGUCUGCGACCAGAGACAACAGGAGGGAACCAGCAGACAGACGGGGGAGCACAGGCGGACGAUUCUGGGCAGCAAAAGGGA